UUAACUUUCUUUCUUUUUAUUUUAAUUUUUUACAUUCCUUUUCUGCUUUUAAAAGAGCUUCCAUUUUCAAAAAAGAAGUUUUGAAGCUCUCAUGAAAAAAAUUAAUAUAAAAUAAUUUGAUCUCAAAUCAGAGGAUUCACAGAAAUCUCGCAGAAUCUUGAAGAAAAUUAUUGUUUGCGAAGAAAAAUUAUUGAACAUUCAGAAAUAAAACUAAAAAAUCAAUUCUUCCGAAGCUGAUUGAGCAGUUUAACUGCAGCAACUGUUUCAUCAGGAUGACCAUCACGUAUACAGCAGAGGUUGCCACAUGCAGAGGAUUCGGAUGCUUCCUCAAGCUCCUGCUAAGAUGGCGCGGAAGCAUCUACAAACUAGUAUGGCUAGAUUUGGUUACAUUUCUCUCCAUUUAUUACACAUUUAAUAUUAUCUAUCGCUUUGUCUUGGAUGAAGAGCAAAAGAAUUACUUUGAAGGCUUGGUCAUUUACUUCAACUCCUACACAAAUCUCAUUCCUCUCUCCUUCGUUCUGGGCUUCUACGUCUCAAUGGUGAUGACACGAUGGUGGGAUCAGUACCUAACAAUUCCUCUACCCUUUUCCAUCUCUGUGCUUGUUAGUGCAAAUAUUCACGGACAGGAUGAAGGAGGACGUUUAAUGAGACGAACUAUAGUCCGGUACGUUUGCCUCUGCAUUACAAUGGUUUUCAUAAAUAUCGCUCCGCGUGUGAAGAGGCGCUUUCCAACGCUCCAGCAACUCGUAGAGGCUGGGCUCCUCACGGAUAACGAACGUGCAAUAAUAGCAAACAUGAAUGAACGUUUUCCGCGUACUUCAAAGCACUGGAUGCCAAUAGUUUGGGCAGCAAGUAUCGUGACGCGUGCCCGGAAAGAAGGAAGAAUACGUGAUGAUUUUGCCGUAAAGUCAAUGAUUGAUGAAUUAAAUAAAGUCCGCCUAAAAUGCGGGAAUCUUGGUGAAUACGACACCAUCAGUAUACCUCUCGUGUACACGCAAGUAGUCACCAUAGCUGUCUAUUCGUACUGCUUUGCAACCAUUAUGGGUAGUCAGUGGCGUGACUAUGAUGACGAAAUUAAUGGCUUCUCAAUUCCACUGAAUUUCCCCUUUUUCGCAACCCUCCAAUUCUUCUUCUACAUGGGAUGGCUGAAAGUGGCUGAAGUCCUCAUUAAUCCCUUUGGGGAGGAUGAUGAGGACUUCGAAGUGAACUGGAUGGUGGAUCGGAAUCUCCAGGAAACAUACAUGAUUGUCGAUUUGAUGCACGAUGAACACCCGGAUCUGGUUAAGGAUCAAUACUGGGAUCAAGUCUUCCCUAGCGAACUACCUUACACAGAGGAAACAAAAGAAUUCCGCGAACAACCACCGAAAUCAUCAACUGCUGACAUUGAAGUCCAGAAAACACCUUCGAAGACUUCAGUGGACAAUAAAACGAUCGAUGACAACGCGGAUAAAAACCAAUUAGGAGCACACAAUGAAUCCACAACGAGCGAUCCCGACUCUGUGAAUCUUGAGAAUAUAGUCACUUUAGCCCUAAAGCGUUACUUCAGCCGGGAAGAAAGCCAAUCGAGUAAGGAAGAAGCGCCUAAAACGGACCUUGAUGAAAUUCUCACAGCUUUAACAUCCUCUGAUCAGCCUCCUCCUACCACGUCUUCAGCAGACAAUAACCUCAACAAGUCGAGAAGUGAGAACAAUGACGAUUCCACAAAAGAAGGAUGCAGUAAACAGGAAGAUACCAAAAUGGCGGAACAAAAUGGCGAUGAUGAAUUUGAAAAAUUGCGCUUGGAACGUGAAAGAGAACGCCAAGAGCGUAAGAAGCAGCAGCAAAUUACUCUUGAAUCACUUAACAUACCACAAGGAUCCAUGGAUGUAGAUGCAUUGCUUGAGCAGCUUGUGACAAAUAUUACGGAGCAGGUUAAUCAGCGCCUCUAGAGGAAAAUUUCACAAUGUUUAAAAUAGCCGUUUAACCAAUAAAAAUUUCCUUCAUUUCAA